GGUAGGAUGCAGACUGUUUCAAAAUUAGUCUACUUGUACGUGGUUACAUAAUAGUCGUACAGUUGCUUUAUCCACCUGGAGCGCAGGAUGCCUUCGGCUCUGCUGGGUUAUGGAACAGGCUGUGUGGCGAGCUGCGCCUUCGAGCCAAAAUUUGAACUCUUCUCAAGAUUGCCGUCCCGCGAGAACGGAUCACCGUCUCAUCUUCUCCAAGCAAACGGAAUGACAUCGACCUCUCAACUCUAGCUAGACCCUCCAGCAACCAACCAACAUUGUUGGCAUGAGAACCAAACGGUAGUCUGAAUGAUAGGAGAAGCGAAAGGAGGGCUUCGACGAUGAUAUAUUCAAAACAGCAAGCGCUGAUUCGGUGUUGUGCUCUUUCUAUGCUACUUUUUGUGGUGGCAUCCGUCACACUCGCUAGUAGCUCUCCUCCGCUCCGGACUAUUAGUCGAGACUCUUCCGUGGAAAUUGCUUCCUCUGCAGGUAAAAGUAGGACAAGAGAGACUGCCUUGAGACAUGCUUCGAGCCUGUUGGAAUCUGUGAGCAUUACUGGUUUAUGCCAUCCAACCACCGAUCAGUAUGCGCCACAAUUUCCAAGGUGUGCCGAUGUGACAGAAGAAGAAGACGACCAAAGACCGAAAAUAAUACGACAGCGGACGAGAUGGCUUGAGAAUGAAGAUGACAAUCUACAACAGUACUAUGCAUACUACUACCAAAAGGACGACAGUAGUAGUAGCAGCAACAACAACAAUGACGAUGUGGUGGACAAUUGGGCCACCGCUUCCGACGAGGAGCAAGAAGCUCAUGACAAGAGACCCUGGUACUACGUCGUUCAAGCAUCCGCCACCCUCCUCUGUGUCAUUGUGGGCUCUGUUUCUUCUGGAUUGUACGUGGGAUUGUUGAGUAUGGAUCCACUCUUGCUAGUGAUCAAGUCCAGGACAUCCAAAUCAGAGAGCGAAAAACAUCGCAUCGAACAGCUCCUGGCACUCAUCAAACAACGACAUCAAUUGAUUGUCACACUCCUCAUCACCAGUUGUCUGGCAGCAGAAGCCAUGCCCGUGUUCCUUCAGAGACUGGUUCACGACUAUCUCGCCAUUUUGGUUUCUGUCAUUCUGGUACUCUUUUUUGGAGAAAUACUCCCAUCGGUCCUCUUUACCGGAGUCAACCAAAUUGAAAUGGCCAGUCGAUGGGCGCCGGUAGUGCGGAUAUGGAUCUGGCUUCUCUACCCAGUCACUUAUCCCAUUGCUUACAUUCUAGAGGUGCUCUCAUCUUCGGGUUCCACCAGACGACGGGGAUCCGGUGGUUGCUGUGGAACGGAUUCUUCUCUCUCAUCCACAGAGGAUAGACCCAUUGCCAGCAGUGGAAUUGGUGGUACCUUGUACAAUAGAGGAGAACUGGCAGCCCUCAUUAGAAUCCAAUAUGAGGAACGGAGGGCUCGUCGACAACGCACCAUGCAAAAACAAGCCAGUCUGGAGAGCAUCAAAAACAAUUCGGAUCCCAAUAAUCAACCGACGACGCAACAACAGCAGUCGCAGAACCUCCAUGAUUCCGCCGAAUUCUCUUCCCAAACCGUUUCGCCCACAUCCUCGGUCGACUUGAAAACCUUUCGGAAAGAUUUCCAACGCCGGGAAUCCAUGGUGUCCAUUGACAGUCAUGACGUGGAACGAAUAGAAGGCGCCUUGCAGCUCAAAACCAAAACCGCCAUGGAUAUCUGUCUCAGCUGGCACAAGGUCUUUUGCAUACCCAGCGACAUGAUCCUAGACGAAACCAACAUAUUCACAAUCUACGCCAGUGGCUACAGUCGCGUUCCGGUCUAUGUGAACAAUGAUCGCAAACAGGUUCAAGGGAUCCUUCUGACACGGCACUUGAUGGUAGUCAAUAGCAAGAAAGAUGGCAGCAAAAUGCCGACACCUUCGGAUCUGGCUCUGCAUCGGCCUCGAUGUAUACCCCCCGACACCAACUUGUCCGAUCUGAUUAGUCUGUUUCAGAGCGGAACCAAUGCCACUCUGAGUCUCAUGGCUCUGGUCUGUGCGAGACCACAUAUUGGCAACAAGGCGUUGGAAGAAGGAAGAGCCAUACCGGACAAGGCAAGUCUCAUGGGUGUCUGUACGUUGGAAGAUGUCUUGGAGGCACUCUUACAACAGCAGAUAUACGAUGAAAUGGACGGCGUCUCUGGUAGAAACCCAAGAACGUCCCAGACGGCGGAUGGAAACAUGGACACGAUUCAAGAAGCAACCAGCUACCAUCCCAUUGCCUGAUGAGACCUUGGAGCAACUAUUUGUUGUAUCAUCAAACCAAGCUACACUGUACUACCGUGCGGCAGAGACAGGUUGACCAAAGAAAACAAAAAUUUACCAGCCAUAGACGAAGAAGAACCACUGUACAUGCUGUUUCUAAUCCAUACAUCAUUCUAAAAGCUAGAGCUUCAGUUACAUGU